GUCAUCACAGGGCCACGCCCCCAAGAGGUUAUGUUUACAGAAGUGCGUGGAUUCAUCUGAUCGGCGAUCAUGAUUAUGCGAUUGCAGCUAUUUUAAAAAUAUAAAUAAUGUCCCGACGACCGCAUGAAGACACGGAACCACUGCUCUAUUCCUCUCAUGUGGAUGAAGACGAUGAUGAGGUGACCAGCAAGAAGAAACUCACCUAUGAGGAGGCCGUAGAAGCAACAGGGUUCGGGCUCUUCCACUGGUUGUUGUUGGUCAUCUGUGGCUGGGCAAAUGCCAGUGAUGCUGUGGAGAUACUGUGUGUGUCUUUCCUGCUGCCCACCGCACGCUGUGACCUGCAUCUCAGUUCGGCUGAUAUGGGAAUUCUUACCGCCAGCAUAUUUUUGGGUAUGAUGGUUGGGGGUUAUUUAUGGGGUUACCUGGCUGAUCGUGGUGGACGGCGAAGUGUCCUGGUCGUUUCUCUAGCAGUAAACGGCACGUUUGGGGCUGUGGCCAGUUUAGCCCCGAGUUUCUGGCUCUUUCUGCUCCUGCGGUUCUUUAGUGGAGUCGGCGUAGGCGGAUCCAUUCCCGUAAUCUUCUCAUAUUUUACGGAAUUCCAGCCUCGUCUGCGGAGAGGAGCGAUGAUCAGCGCCCUCGCUACUUUCUGGAUGGCUGGAAAUAUUUUAGCAGCAGGCGUGGCGUGGUUGGUCAUUCCCAGAACAUCUUUGAAUGUUCAUCUGAGCUGGUUGGAUUUUCAAAGCUGGCGUCUUUUCGUGGUCCUCUGCUCGGUUCCCAGUUUGUCAUCAGCACUUAUCUUCAGACUCUUCAUGCCAGAAAGCCCAAAGUUCCUCAUGGAGGCUGGCCGUGAGACGGAGGCUUUAUCUGUGUUCCAGACAAUGUUUAGACUGAACAACGGUUUUGUCAUCAAACCAUUUCCUGCAACAGGGCUUGUGAUUCGACCUAAAGACGAUGGGGAAAAAGACCGACUCUGUUCAGGUUCGAGAUCUCAGCGGUUCACCGGCCAUCUCAAGCAGGCAUUCGACCCCAUUAAACAGCUCUUUGUUGGACCACUGGCUUCCAGAAGUGUCGCUCUGCUUAUAAUAUUUUACUGCAUAUCAUUUGGGUAUUAUGGCUUAUGGAUGUGGUUUCCAGAGCUUUUUAAGAGGAUGGAAGAUGGAGGGUCCCCAUGUGCCAACACAUCCCGAAUCCAAAGCUCAGAGAAUGAAAGCUGCUAUCCUGUCAAAACUGCUGUGUACAUGGAAGGUUUCAUAACUGCAGCUUCAAAUUUGCCAGGAAACAUUUUCACUAUCCUGGUCAUGGACAGAAUGGGAGGAAAAAUUUUGCUCUCUGUCAGUUUGCUGGUAUCCAGUGUAAGUGUGUUUAUCAUCUACGUGGUGAAGACCAAAUCUCAGAGUCUGAUCGUGUCCUGUGUGUUCAGUGGGGUUUCUGUUGUCUCCUGGAAUGCUUUGGACGUGAUGGGUACCGAACUUUACCCCACACAACUACGCUCCUCAGCUCUGGGGUUUUUCACCGGAGUGGGUCGUGUGGCGGCAAUCAUGGGAAAUGUAGUUUUUGGGCAGCUGGUCGACUCCAAUUGUGCUGUACCUCUGCUGCUGGUCGCUGCGCUCCUGCUGGCAGGAGGAGUGGCUGCUUUCCGACUGCCACAAACUAAACAGACUGAACUCACAUAAUAGACUUGAUGAACUUCAAUCAAAACCUUGUAUAUGAUUACAAACAGGACCAAAGAGCCGUAUAUUUCAAUUGUAGUUUUGUCUUAAUAAAUACACAAGUGCACUUUGAGAGAACCUCUAAAGGACUGCAUUAAACCAUUAUUUCAA